CUGGCUGUUCUGCUGAGGAUUGUAGGUCCCAGCUCCGGUGCUGUGGCCACUUGAGCUUGGGCGCCGUCCCGGGGCUCCCGUGCUCUGCGCGAAGCCCUGGCCCCGUCGGCCAGGGCAUGGGCCAGAGGCGCGGUGUGAGGCGGCUUCCCGCAGGGCGGUGGCCUGCACCGGUUUCAGCAUGAAGACCCUUAUAGCCGCCUACUCAGGGGUCCUGCGAGGUGAGCGUCGGGCCGCGGCUACCCGGAGCGAGAGCUCAAAUGGAGGAUCUGCAUUAUCACCUCAGAGGUCUGGGAGAUGGGGCGCUGGCUCCAGCAUCCUCUCCGCCCUCCAGGACAUCUUCUCCGUCACCUGGCUCAACAGGUCCAAGGUAGAAAAACAGCUCCAGGUCAUCUCUGUACUACAGUGGGUCCUGUCCUUCCUUGUGCUGGGAGUGGCCUGCAGUGUCAUCCUCAUGUACACCUUUUGCACUGACUGCUGGCUCAUUGCUGUGCUCUACUUCACCUGGCUGGCAUUUGACUGGAACACACCCAAGAAAGGCGGCAGGAGAUCACAGUGGGUACGGAACUGGGCUGUGUGGCGCUACUUUCGAGACUACUUUCCCAUCCAGCUGGUGAAGACACACAACCUGCUGACUACCAGGAACUACAUCUUUGGGUACCACCCACAUGGCAUCAUGGGCCUGGGGGCCUUCUGCAACUUCAGCACAGAGGCCACUGAAGUGAGCAAGAAAUUCCCUGGCAUAAGGCCCUACCUGGCCACAUUGGCUGGCAACUUCCGGAUGCCUGUGCUUCGGGAGUAUUUGAUGUCUGGAGGCAUCUGUCCUGUCAACCGGGACACCAUAGACUACUUGCUUUCAAAGAAUGGGAGUGGCAAUGCCAUCAUCAUCGUAGUGGGGGGCGCCGCUGAGUCCCUGAGCUCCAUGCCUGGCAAGAAUGCAGUCACCCUGCGGAACCGCAAAGGCUUUGUGAAACUCGCCCUGCGCCAUGGAGCUGACCUGGUUCCCACUUACUCCUUUGGGGAGAAUGAGGUAUACAAGCAGGUGAUCUUCGAGGAGGGCUCCUGGGGCCGAUGGGUCCAGAAGAAGUUUCAGAAGUACAUUGGCUUUGCCCCAUGCAUCUUCCAUGGCCGAGGCCUCUUCUCCUCUGACACCUGGGGGCUGGUACCCUACUCUAAGCCCAUCACCACUGUUGUGGGAGAGCCCAUCACCAUCCCCAAGCUGGAGCAUCCUACCCAGCAGGACAUUGACCUGUACCACACCAUGUAUGUGGAGGCCCUGGUGAAGCUCUUUGACAAGCACAAGACCAAGUUUGGUCUCCUGGAGACUGAGGUCCUGGAGGUGAACUGAUCUAGCCCUGAGGGGCCAGCUCCUGGAAGGAACCAGCGGCAAAUCGUUUUCUACUGAGUUCUCAAGUGCUUUUUGUUCUGUAAAUCUGGAAGUGUCAUGGGUGUCUGUGGGUUAUUUAAAGGAAAUUAUAAUUUGUUAAACCAUUACAAUGUUAGGUGUUUUUUAAGAAGGAAGAAGUCAGUAUUUCAAGCUCUUUCACUUCCAGUGUGUCCUGUCCUAUUCUAGGUGGUGGUUCACACAUAGGGCCAUUUCUUCUGCUCUUUCCAGAAUGACAGAGAAAACUUGGCCCUGGCUAACUACAGGACGGACAGCCCUUAGUGAUUCAGGACAGUUAGAGAUCUACUCUUUGCCCCAGGGAUGACAGACAAAGGCCACUGUAACACAAACACCUCCAUUCCCACUACCCUUUGCGUGCUGUCAGACUGAUCCCUCUUGCUGAGGGGAGGACAUUAAGGGCACAGUUGCCACAUUUGGGGAGGGCUUUGGGAGCAUCUGGAAUGCUCCAGCUUUAGUCUUCUCUUUGCCUUUUCACACUAUUUCCUCCACCACCCCCUCCCCUGAGUCUUUCCAAUCUGAGUCUAGCCUGGCUUCCUGUGAUAAUCUGCUGGGAACAGGGCUGUCACAGAGGUAUCAUUUUUUGGGUUAUUCAGCCACUGAGUGCUGGUGGAGUGACUGGUUUUGCUCAGUCCAGCUCAGCUUUGAUAGGGAGCAUAUCUUUCCAGCAGCCUCAGCUAAAUUAUACCCCACAUAUGGCUCACCUGAGUCAUACCCCAUCUGGUGUGAGGAAGGGUCCUUCUGUUCACAGAGGAGUCUAGCCUCCUGCUCAGCACACUGGGUCCAGGACAGGAGGCCCCUGAACCCAAGCCUUAUGUGUGUGCCUUUCUGAGGGUGUUGGGCCAGGGAGGAAACCCAGCCCCUCCCUGUGUAUUCUGUUUUCUCUCCAUGAGAUCACUGUACCAUGUCUGACUUUUGUAUUUUCUUAGACAAAUAAACAGAAACGAGAAACCCUC